UGAAGUGCGGCAGUGGCGUUUUCGUCGGCGUUUAGUAACCAAAUGUAGGUGAGCGAAAGAGUACCUGUAGAAAUUAGUGGAGGCUAACAAAAUAAUAUAAUUCGUCAAUAAAACAACAUAAAACUAAUUUUCGUGAAAUUUAAGAAACACAAUCACAAAAUUCACAAAUUAAUAGUUUCUGGUGAACUACUACUUUGCAGUGACUAAGAAACCUUCUUUAAAUGAACAAGUGUGCGCCGAAGCAAAACCGACAAGUUCGUUAUCAGUGUGCGAGGCUGUGAUAAGAAGAGAUAAGAUAAAAGUGAACGGUAAAAAAAUUAGUGGAAAUAAAAUAUCACGGUCAUAAAACGAAAAGUAAGUGUAGAAAACAAUAAACGCAAAACCAAAAGUUAAGCAUGAAGUAAUUGCAGCCAUUGAGCGGUGCUUAUAAACACUUCAACGCAUAUGUAUAUAUACAUACAUCUGCAUAUACAUAAUUACCUGUGUAUAUUUGCACAUACAAGACGAGAUAACGGGCGCACAAAUAACCCACUGCCGCUGGAAGUAUUUAAAUAGUAGAGGAGAAAACCACCGAAAAACCUUAGGCUUUUUAAACCUUGACAUAUCACGUCAAUUUACAAGUAAAGAAGCAGACAUAAUUCUAAAUUAAAUUAUUUGAUUUAAAUUCGUAUACUAAAACACAAAACUAAUCCAACAUGACAUCUGCACCUGCAACCGAUUUGGAAGCGCAAGUCAACGUGGAGGAUCUGCCAUUAACUUUCAAGGUCAAAUACAUUGGGUCCGAGGUAGCACGUGGGUUAUGGGGUAUUAAAUUCACCCGCCGACCCGUCGAUAUCCUGGUGGGUGUAGCCAAGAAUCUACCCGCUAAGAAAGUUUUACCGCAAUGUGAUCUCACAGUAUCAACCGAGGGCGUUAUCAUCGAAACCAUAACACCAAAAGCAAGUGUGAACAAUUGGAGUUAUCCGAUAGAUACGAUUUCGUAUGGAGUGCAAGAUUUGGUCUACACUCGAGUGUUCGCCAUGAUUGUGGUGAAAGACGAACAACAUCCAAAUCCGUUCGAGGUACAUGCCUUCGUGUGCGAUAGUCGUGAUAUGGCCCGCAAACUGACAUAUGCCUUAGCGGCCGCUUUUCAAGAGUACUCACGACGCGUUAAGGAAUCGGGCGAACAAUCGCCUACCGAUAAUAUUACGCCACACCGACAGAAGUUCGCCAUCGACUUGCGUACACCCGAAGAACUGCAAGAGGGUGCCAAUGAGGAGACGGAGGCUUAGAUGGUUCGUUUUGUCGGUAAUGUGGCUUGUUUAUAAUAUAUCCUUAUGAAAGGAAUGCCCACGCCCCCAUCAAGUGUUCCAUUUGAGAAAAAAUACUUAUUUCUUUGUAGUAAUUUAUUAAUUUACUCGUUGUAUAAUAAUGUUUUAAGUAAAUCAUUGUAUUUAAAUUGUAGUUACUCUUCCACACGCUCUGUGACAGUCGUUUUUGCAAGAGAUGUGAGAGUUUUCGAAGUGAAUCCAUUCAAGAACUAAAUCUCUUCUCCAAAGGAUAACUUCAGUUAACAUCUCCAUCCAAUAUUAUUUUUCGAGGGAGAACUCUUUCAAAAUACUAAUUUAUAAAUACUAAAGAGACUCUUCAACAUGAAAGCUGCGAUAGAUCACUCUUUACAUAAUCUUACAAUCUACACCAUGCCACCACUUAAAAUGGAAACAAUUAUAAUAUAUUGUUAAUAAAGAUAUACAAUGCGACCUAUGUCCGCUCUCACACAACCAAGUAUCUAUUGGCUGCAACAAAAGAUAGGAUCUGCAAACUUCGUCAGAAAAGUUUAUUACAUCUUUGAACCUUUAUUGAUCAUACCCUUCGUAAUUCGCAGCGAACGCCUGUUUCUUUACGUUUUUAUUUUUAUUUUUUUUUAAACUAAAUAUAAUUUAACUAACAAAAUACAAAUUUAGUAAUUAUUCAAAUUAUAUUCCAGGAGGAAAGAACUUCCUUCCUUCCUUCUUCAUGGCAUUUGGUUAACAACAACCCUUUUGUGAAAUAUUACUUUAGUUUGAAAAGUAUAUACCAUAUAUCCCAUAAUACUUGAAACAGUUCACACAAUCUUAAUUGAUAUUUUUAAAAACUGGAAAAAUAUUCGGCGACCCCAGGUAUAGAGUAAUAAUAUAGACACAAACUGCUUUAUAAAAACCAAAGUAUUUUUAAUGUGAUUUUAAGAUUUUUUAAAUAUAUUAAACCAUUUAUAUUGUAAAGGCAGAACUAUAGAAACGAGCAGACUAAAUAGUUUAUUAAGAAACAAAAAUUUUUAAGUUAAAUAAAAAGUAAUAGAUUUAUUUUAAAUAAAAUCAUUACACUUAAAUUAAUUUAAAAAACUUUUAUUUUUUUUAUAAAGAAACUAUGUCUGUACAUAACUACAUUUGCACAGAUUUUACUUGUACUUUCCUCUGAUACAGCUAGUUACCCAAAGUAUAAGACAAUUUAGUGUAUAUAAAAAUAUAAGUAUAAUUAUAAAAAUUAAAUUAAUUUUAAACAAAAGCUAGAAUUUUGAAGAAUAAGUGUUAAAUUAUUAAUUAUGAUAAAACAGUGAGUAAUGAGUAUCUACUCAUAUUGAAUCGCCAAAUUUUCCGACGAGGAAAGCAAAUUAUAACAAGAUAUCAUAGCAUUGCUCAUUUAGUUUCAAUUAUUACAACAAAAACUAAAACAACAUGUUAAAAGUUUCAAUAAGACCAACAGUAAUUCCUUACUGAAUUUCAAAUAUCGUAAUUAGGAAUUAAGAAUUAAAUUAAUUUUCGGUUAAAAUUUUGUAUUGUAAUUACAAAAGUACUUCAUUAUAUUAGCGAAUGCUUUUUGAAAUAUAGUUUGAUAAUUUAGUGCUAGCUCCUAAAACGACUUUACAAAUGUAUAUA